GAGCAUGUUUUUAUUUUUUACAUGUCUGAGCAUUUACAAAUGAUUUAAUUGAUUCCUUGUGUUUUCUUGCUUAAAAGGUUUUGGUAAAAAACAAAGAUAAAACAUGGUUGGAAUGAACGGCAAUUCAUCUGGCACCCACGAAUAUGGCAGAUACGCGGCUGAAAAAAUAGCGAAAGAACAUGUCACGCGAGAGUUCAGUGAUUUCAUGGUCAAAUGUGGUUCAGAGCUAGAGGCCUUAUCUCAACUUCAUGAAAAUUUGAGCAAUGAAAAUGCUAAUCAAAUAAUCUGCCUCGACUCUGUUCCUACCGAAGAUCUUCCUUUAGUCAACCUUGUCCAUUCUGAUCAUGAAGAACUAAGGAAAGUUGCCCUUGCAUUAGGGCACUUAGUCAGUGAAAUGGAUUUUCUUUUUGAAGAAGGGAGAUCAUUCUCCUAUCCCAUCCUCUAUUAUGGUGAAGGUGUGGAUGAAAAGACUCUUCAAGCUGGGGAAAGCCAUGUGUGUGCCGGAAGAAUGAUUGAAACAUUGCAGAAACUAUUGAACUAUGUAAACCACUGCUACAAGGUUAUUAAAAAUGUAGUUGGUCAACUCUCUAGAUUGUACUGCAGCUCCAAUGCUGGACCAAAAUAUUUUGAAGUUGGGGAAACCCACUUCAAAAUCAUUUUCGAAAGAAUGGGAAGUGUGCUGUCUGUUUUGGUGAAUUUGGAUUCCAUAAUCAAUCGAAACAAUUUGCUUAGAGAACAUAUUGCGCAAUUCCAACAUGUGGUCCGUUCCAUUCAACACAACGCUUCGAACUUCGACAGCACACCAGAAGAUCUGAGACUGCUAGACUUGUCGCUGGAUGAAAUAACUGAAAAAGCUCUCUCGGGAACGCUAUUUCUCAGAUGCGUGACACAGAGCUUCCCUACCAACAACAAUAAAGUCUUAUUAGACGAAGUUUCAGCAAAUAUUAAAGGCUUCUUAGAAGAAUUGUCAUUCCGACUAGACAAAGAAGGCGAACGAGAUAAUCUUGAAAACAUGCAAAAAUUUCUCAACGUUGUAUGCUUAUUCGUCCUGCACGCUCAUCUCGGCCUUCGCGUGGAUAACAGACAACUUAAAACAAUUCUCGAUAUUGCCAAGAAUUCCAUCGUCGCCGUUCCAUUAACGGGAUCGUGUUUGUGGUUCCCGGACCAAUUCCUAGCCCUGUAUCUCCCUCGGGGAGAUCGGGCCGUCGACGCCAAGAUGCUGGAAAAUGUCGCAUCGGCUCGAUUCCAGUACGUCCGCCAACGUUCUCAACAACUGACGAAAGAUGUUCAGAUCUGGAACACGAAAAUCGUCUUUUGGUUAUCGCGAUUGAGCAGCCAACACGUCAACAGCCAAGAAGAAUUAACUAAUCAAUGCUGUUUAGUUCUCCAAGGACUACGUUACAUAUCCAGAUUGAGCGGUGUAGUUCGAUUGAUAUUGAACCUUCAUUUAGCCAUCCAGCCCGUCAUAUCUAAAGGCACCGUCGUGGCCGCAUUUCAAACGUUCGAGCUCAUCAAGACUUUACAAAAGGCGAUUGAAAAACAGCUGACCGAAUACCCACAGGCAUGGUUACAUCUUCAGCAGCAACUCCGCCGUUCCGUCUUAGAAGUAGUCCAACUUGCAUCUAGAAAAUUAGCCAGCGAACAGAACAACAAAAAACGACCACGCAAAUCUAUCGGUUCGGCUUUGGCCCUUGCCGAGAGAACUCUGGCUGGACCUUGCACGACCUCACGUGUUUCAACGAUCCGCAUUAGCCUGGCUAUUGCUUGCACUGCUUUUCGGGACGAAGAAUUGUCUUUAUUGGCCCAUCGAUUGCAGAAAAUGGAGCUCAUGUCGAUCGGAAUUCGUCAUCGUUUAGCUGAACUGGCUGAUUGCGAAGUGUUUUAUUGGCAUAAAUCGCUGAUCAAUACCUACCUACCCGAUGCACGCGAACGACGUAUUGAAUCGUCUCGACUGGGACAGACCUUACUGGCCGCCAUGGACUGUCAAAAAGCUCUUGGUAGUGUUAAACAUCUUUCAAAUCCAUCGCAACUGGUGGAUAGCCAUCAACAAUUCAUCCGCCGCGCCCUGGAACUUCACAUUUUGGAGCCGUUGUGCGCGGCAGUCGAGACGGAAUUGCGUAUCCAGUCGCACGCCCAUCUUCAUCCGACCCCUCGCAAUCCGUUCAAAGAACCUCCUUGUUUGAACACGCUCGGAGACUUGCCUUUGGGCUCGCACGAACAGGUGAACGUCCCGCACGAAGUGGAACAAUAUCUCGGCAAAACGUUUUACAAUCUCGCCGCUCUGGCUUCACAUGAUUGGAGAAAGUAUGGGCAGAUGAGGAUCUUGGCCGGAUCGGCUUUUAAUUUGAAACCGUUGCCGGAUAGACUGCCCAGUCAAACUCUCGAACAAGGACUCGACGUCCUGGAAAUUAUGCGCAAUAUCCACCUGUUUGUGGCCCGUUUUGGGUACAAUCUCAACAACCAGUUCUUUGUCGAACAGUCGAGCAGCAGCAAACACCUCAGCACGAUAGGUAUCAAACAUGCGGCCAAUUCCAUCCGAACUCACGGCUCUGGUGUAGUCAACACGGCCGUCAAUUUCACCUAUCAAUUCCUACGCAAAAAGUUUUUCGUCUUUUCACAGUUUCUUUACGACGAGCAUAUUAAAUCGCGGUUAAUGAAGGACGCGCGUUAUCUACGCGAAUUGAGCGAAGGCAAAGAUUCUGCUCUCAAAUAUCCUUACGAACGGGCAGAGAAAUUCCAUCGCGGCAUCCGCAAAUUAGGACUCAAUUCAAUCGGAUUGAGUUAUCUGGAUCAGUUUCGCAUGCUCAUUACUCACCUGGGCAACGCUCUUGGCUACGUACGAAUGCUGAGAAGCGGAUCCAUUCAUUGCAGCGCUGAGUCCUGUGCUCCAGUCCCAGAUUUGGCGGAACUCGUUUAUCUCAACGAAUCCGGAGUUGAUCAUCAAUUGGGCAGCAGUUCCAGUAGCUUGAAAAAUCACAACGAUACGAUGGAUAUGGCGGACGGUUUAUUCGAGUCGUUAGCCAAAGCCAAUCCGGCUCUGUCAACUCUGUCGGAACUGUCCAGUAAAGCCCUGGAUAAAGUACUGGACGAUCUGGCCCAGAAUUUGUCUGAGAGUUCCGACUACUUCAAACUGUUGGUCGACGUCUUCCGGCCGUUUUUCCGCGACCCUCGCCAUUCGCAUUUGCGCCAUUUCUACGUCAUUGUCCCUCCGUUGACGGUCAACUAUGUGGAGCACAUAGUCACCUGCAAAGAGAAGCUGACGAAAAAGAACAAACAAGAAGCCUCGACAUUCACCGACGACGGAUUGGCCAUGGGAUUAGCCUAUUGUUUGUCUGUUCUCGAUCAAUGGAGGGAUUUCGACGCUUUGCAGUGGUUUUCAUCCGUCAACGAGUUCUUUGAACGCGAAAGGAAAGCUGCCGGGCUUCAAUCGCAGGCCAGUCAAGAUACCCUUUCACUCACACUCCACCGACUGGACACGUAUCAGCAGGAAUUUCAAUUAUUAUUCUACAACCUCAAUAGCGCCAGAAUUUUUUUCCGCCACGAACGGCCCAUUAUUCCAGUAUCUUAAUCUAGUCUUCAAUUCAAGGUGGUUCGAACAAAUUUAUUAUAAUCCCAAUCGG